AGCCGGGCAGAGGGAGUCUGAGAACCUCACUCAGUUCCUUACCCGGUAGAAGGAAGAGGUAGACAAGGUGGAAGAGAUGGAUGACAAGACCGUCCUCUCCCUCCUCUUGAAUGGCUUGCGUGCUGGGGAACUAUACAAGGAGUUCUGCCGGAAACCCCCAGCCACGUACCAAGAGGCCUACCAUACUGCAUGGGAGUUUGCUGAAGCUGAAGCCCAGCUCCGGGCAAAGAGAGAAGCUGAGCAUGGUCACAAGCCCAAGCCGGUGCAAGUUAAGAAGGAAGAAGCACCGGGACCUAGCCGGCCGAGGCACCACUAUGACCCGGUCAUCCGAGUGGUCAAUACAGAAGAAUGCCAAGAAGUCCGGAAAGCACCGGUCAUUCCUCCAGAAAACCCUACCGGUCAAGUAGGGCGGCAGUGGUCGGGCACCUAUUGUUCGUACCACAGGUCUGAUUCCCAUAACACCUCCGAAUGCAAGAGUGUUAAAGGGGUCAUCCGGCAGAUGAUCGACAGUGGAGAGCUGGGCAAAGAUUACUUGCAGAAAGCCCAGGAGAAGAGUCAUCAGUGGGUUAGGCCAACUGCCCCAGGGAAUGACCGGGACAAUGACCGGCGGAGGAAUAACCGGCCAAGGGAGCGGCAACCUGCCCCCGAAAAAGAACACAUCGGCAUGAUCUUCGGCGGACCCGAGGCUCUGGCUGGAGGGCUCAGACUUGCCCAAGCCCUGAAAAUCAGCCGGGUCAGUAUCAAAUCUGACUCUAGCCUGAUAGUAGGGCAGGUGACCGGUAACAUGGAAGCAAGGGAAGGACGCAUGGCACAAUACAAGGACCUUGUACUCGCCCUGUUGAAAGGCUUCGAAGAAUUCAAGAUCGCCCAAAUUCCCCGGGCGGAGAACGCGGAUGCAGACCUUCUCUCCAAAUUGACGCAGUAUGCUCCCGAGCAUGUUUCGAAACUUGCCCGGGUAGAGAUCCUUGACCGUGCAAGCAUCGAGAAAUUGGAAGUCGCUGCUAUAACUGCCGGAAGCCAGUUUGACCGGUCAAACUUGGUCAGGGCGGACGACCAUUGGAUGUAUGAUCUGAUGGAAUAUUUGACGGAUGGGAGCUUGCCAGAACAAGAUGACCGGGCAAGAAAAGUGAAGCUCAGGGCGCCCCGAUUCCAAAUUCUUGAUGGAAAGCUGUAUAAAAGGGCAUUUGGGGGGCCACUCCUGAGAUGCCUGACCAACCGGGAGGCUGAACGAGUCAUAGCGGAAGUCCACAAAGGCGUAGGCGCGGCGCAUCAAAUGUCCCAAAUGCAGGACGUGCCAAGUAUUCUAUAAGUAUCCCGGUAGACCGGCAACCU